AGGGAUCUUCGUCAGGAGGCGACGGCGGCACUGCUGUGACAUCACCCCGCGGCUUAUAUAGUUGGGGAAGGGUCUGUGUCCCCCGUCUGGUGCCUGCAGCCGCCCGACAGCACGCGUGCGGAGGGCGUGGAGCAGCGGGGCUCUCUCUGUCUGUCUCUCUCUCUCUCUCUCCGUCUCUCCUCAGGAUUUAUGGACUUUACUUUCUAGAGGGCGGCGCGGUAAGGAUGAGAGUCCAGCUAGUGUGCGUGGUGCUGCUGGCCCUGGCCUCCUGCAGCCUCUGCUCAGAUUCAGAAGAGGAAAUGAAAGCAUUAGAAGCAGAUUUAUUGACCAAUAUGUACACAUCAAAGAUUAACAGAGCAAAACUUCCUUACUGGAAAAUGACCCUGCUAAAUGUCUGCAAUCUUGUCAACAACCUGAACAACCAAGUGGGAGAGACAGUAGAGGUAGAUGAAGAGGAUCUCGUUUCAGGAAGACAGUUCCCCUCUCCUCUGGAUGGCUUCAGCUUGGAAGCAAUGCUGACAGUAUAUCAACUCCAAAAAUUUUGCCACAGCAGAGCCUUUCAGCAUUGGGAGUUAGUUCAGCAAGAUGCUUUUGAUCUAGAGAACUCAAGCCAAGAAAAAGAAAUAAUGAAGAGAAAAAAUCCCUAUAUUCUGAAACGGCAGCUACAUGUGAACAAAGCUAGAAGACCAUACAUACUCAAGAGAAGUUCAUAUUACUGAUGCAGCAGAAGAAAACAAUGUAUAUUUAGGUUAUAGGUAACUGUGUAUUAUGGUUAUCUUAUCUAAAUCUAAAAUCAUACUUGUGUGAAAAUAUACUAUGGAAAAUCAAGAUGAUAACAUAGCUGUGUCUUUUUUGCAAUUGCUGUUUCUCGAUUGUGAAUUUUUCCUACUUGAGAUUAAUUGGACUAAUACAUUUGCAAAUAAAACUAGUUUUUAAGCAUGAUGUAUUGUACGAAACUGAGAUUUCAAUAUACUUACAAUAAUCUUGUAGUCUUCUCCAAUCUUAUAAAGGACUCCACCAAAACAUCAAGGAAAUUGAUAUUGACCAUAAAUCCUAUUGAGAAUCUUACAGUUUCUUAAUGCAACAUGUCAAACGUAUAUAUGCUUGCAAUUUUUUUAUAAUAUGCUAGUAAGAACUGCCACAGUAUUUUAUGUAUUGGCCAUUAAUUUAUUAGGGAAUAGGUCUAAGGAAGUAAGGGAAUACUAUCAACUAACUGUUAAAUGGCAACUUCAAAAUUAAUAUUUUAAAUAGUCUGCUUGUAAGUGAAUUUUAAGUUCUUGACUUCUAACUUGCCACUAAAGACUAAUUAUUUAGGAAAGCAACACAUAAUGAGACUUUUAAAAAGUAUGCUAGUGGAAACAAACCUAGAUGUGCUUCAGAGUCUUGUAUAUCAGUAACUAAAUAAUUUAUUAAAUCACUAAAAGAAUUUACGGUGUUUACCUUAUCUAUGCAUGCUCAGAAAAAAAAAAAAAGACAAAAGCUAAUUCAUGUCCCAGUGUUGUCACUGUUAAAAAAUCAAAAUAGUAAUCUGAUUACAUGAGAAACUUGGGGAAGUAUUCAAAAGAUGAAUUGAAAUUAGAACAUCUUAAAGUUACAAUUAAAAGGCAUUUGCUUUCCUUACCUCUACAAUUUUGUAAUAAUAGUCAAUGUCAAUGUUUAAGACAGUCUUGGAGGCUAAUUGAGAGGGAAGUUUACAGAAUGGGAAAAAUUGUUAUCAAGCGCAAGGAAUCAAUUUCCACCUGGAAAGUUACACAUUUUCCAGCUCUGUGGUGUGUGCAUAAGACUGGGAAUCUCAAUGAUUCUGAGUUCCAGUCUGGAGGAGAACAGCCUGAAAGGACUGGGGGCCACAGCAACUAUAAAAAUAGAGGGAUAGUGCAAGCCCUAUGAAGCCUGGAUGCUCAAACCAAGAGGUAAAAUGGGACAGACGUUGUUUUUGAAAACUUGCCUGUUUCCUGGCUGAAGUAUUUUCUCAAAGUAAUUCUGCAAAAACAAACAGAUAAAUAACCCCCCCGAACUACCCCCUAAACCCAACAAUUUAAAAAAACCCAAAAAAACAAAAACACUCUCACCCUCCCCCCUCCAAAAAAAAACCAGACCCAAAAUCAAAAACCAAAAACUCUGAGAAUUUCAAAAUCCUCUCACAGAUUAGAUUUUCUGCCAAUUAUUAUUAAAUGUAUACAGGGAUAUGCAUAGAAAGAACAUACCCAUACCAAUGGUUAUACCAACUUUGUUAGAAGGGGAGGGAUGGGGUUUUUUUGCAGUAAAAUUUAUUUUCACUGUCUUAAAACUAAUUAUAUUUCCUUUUCUCAGUGCAAAUGUUAUUAAUCAGCUUCUUCAUUCAAUACCCAUUAAAUGUAUGCACUGACAAGAUAUAACUGAGCAUACAGUAAUUAUUGUAAUAAUCACUAUGACUUGAAUACACCAAAGCACUUAAGCACAUUCAGUCUCAGUAUUUUAAAUGCUAAAUGUGCUUCAGGGCUUUGCUUAAAUAAGGUUCUAGUAAACUCAUACCCUUCACUUUUUUCACAAAACUGUCAUAUAAUUAGACUGGAAACCCAGUAUGGUCUCAAGUGGCUAACAUUCUCUUUCCAACAGACCUAUAAGAUGCCUAGUCCUAUUGUGGUUAUUUUACAUUCUAAAUUAUCUUUUGGUCUGAAAUUACAAAGCAGAACAGAGGUUGUUCCAAAAUUCACUGCUAACAGUAUAUAAGGAAAAAAAAUAAAAAGAGACUUCAGAUUGUUUUUUCAUGAGAAACACAGAAGAAUAAGACAAAAAAAUAGGUUGCCAUUAUAUUUUUCUCUCUUGCUCAGUGUAAGAGUAUAAGAGCUAAGAAAAAAAAAAGUAAGGUAAGGUAAUAUGGUCUUCAUAUCUUCAAUGUACACUUUUCAAAAACAAAACCACCCUUCCAUGUUUCAUUUUAGGGGUGAUUUAGAUAUUCAGGGUGAUGACAGAGGACCUCAAAUGAUGAUAUUAACUGUUUCACCCUCAUCUAGUGCUCCACGCUCAAGCUGGACUUACCUUGUGACUGUGUACUUGAUCCUUGAAGAGCAGAGCUAACAGAUUAGUCAGACUGGCUGAAAAUGGCUUUAAAUAACCCAUUUCCUUUCAGCAGACUGUGAAUCCACACACAGCCAGCUAUUAUGUGUCACUGGAGGAGGCAGAGGCUAAAGCAUGUCAGGAAAGUCCAUCUUGUCAGGUGUCCCUAGUCUCUAAUGGAGGUGUCCAGGGACCUGUCAGAGGAAUGGCAUUCAGAGUGGCAGUCUGAACUAGAUAAGGAAACAAAAUCUAUAAUUGUAACAUGGUCAGUUAAGCUACAAAAGUCAAAGGUGGCAAUUCAGCUUUUUGAUCACUCAUGAAAAGCAAGAAUAGCAACAUUAAAAUAUUAGAAAACACACUUAAACCAUAGAAUUAAGCCAGGUGCACAGAGCUGUUAAACGAAAUUUUGAAAUCUGGGAGACCUUUAUUUGCUUCAAAUCUCUCACUUCCUCCACAUCAGGAGGAAGCUGUUGCUUCCUCCUGAUGACCUCUCUGCAGUGGAAUUGCAGCCUUCCUUUAGCCUUCACUUUUGGAUGAUGGUAGCAAAAAGAACCACACAAAAAAACCCAAGAAAGGCAUGCUUAUGCAUUUUUUUCUCUAUUUUGCACAUCUUUCAGUGAGAACCUUAGGGUGCUUACCUUGUCCCUAGCUGUGCAUUGCCUGUAAAAUCAAUGCUGUAUUUGCUGCAGCAAUGAGUGCUGAAUGAAGUUCAAGUAAGAGGAGGGUCUCACAGUAUGUAAAGCUAUUGAUUCAGAAAUUCAGACAGCUUCUUUUUUAUCCCUUCCCCUUCCCUUUUCCCUUUCCCUUUCCCUUCCCCUUUUUUUCAUGAAGCUCAUAAUUCCCUUAAGUUUAAAAAUAUUUUUUUGAAGAACAUUAAUUCAGAUUACAGCCUUGGCUUAAAGAAUGAUAUGGGAAAUUUUGUUUUAUAAAGGCAAUUAUUGAGAGAUGUUCUGUCUUUCUCCGUCUUUUCAGAGGAGCACAGUAUUCCUACAUAUUCAGUUGUUAAUUUUUUUAUGAAGGUCAUAGAUGAAUAAUUAUACCAAUUAUUCAGAAACUUCAUACUAAAUUAUUUCUUAACCUCCUAAAAUAUUUGAUAUAGUCAUACAAAGCAAUUGCAGAAACUUCUCAAUACUUUCUAAUGUAUAAUUAAGUAUACCUGAGAUUUACUUUGAUUUUUUACAUUUUUAAGGGUUCUAAUCCAUAAUAUUACAACUGCCCUAUACAAGAAAAGUAAAACAUAGAGAAAUUAAAAAUUUUAUCACUUCUGAAGCAUAUAGAAACGUUAUAAUAAUUUCUGUUAUCGAGGUUAAAUGUUAUCGUGGUGAUAGAGUAAGUCUUCAGUUCUUGAGUCUUGCUUGUGGUAUAUUAUAAAUUUUGCUGUUUUCUGUCUUUUAUAAAUGUAAACUUUGUUCUAUGUCUUAGGUAAGAAUUUAAUGGAUGUACUGUGAACAAAGUAGAUGAAAUGUUGAGUUUUCAGAUUAAGAGAGAUUUAAUUUUGCGAUGUGUGAUCAUGACUGUGCCUCAUACCCUAUUCCUAGUGAGCACACAUUGGACGCAUAAUUCGUUUGAUCUUUAUUCUUUUUCCCCAAGAUUAGUUAUCAGUUUGCACUAUAGGGUGUCAAAUUGAAAAUACAAGCCACCACUAUAAUGAUUGAGUUUUGGAGGGCAGAAAGAGAAGGAGGUUCUUCUGAAAUUCCCCAAGGUUCCAGACUGAUCAUUGAUGUUCUCGAUGUCCAAAAUAUCGGACUGACUGAAAGCAGUCAGAAAACUAGAGUUGCAGAGAACCUGCAAAAUAAAGUCUAAUGACUCUUGUGACAUAGUGAUAGAGUCAGAACGUGUAUCUCACUCUCCAGGAAUCAAAAAAAGUGUAAGGGAGGGAUUGACCUUCACAAGGAACCUGGGAAAUUAAAUUUUCAUUGCUACCAAAUCCAAGCACUCAGAAUUUGUGAGUGAGGCUGCAAAAACUUGCAAAUAGGUAGAUAGAUGACAGACAGAUACAUAGACAGAUAAGAAAUAAAUAUCUCUGAUUUCUAAAUAAAGUAAUACACACGUGCCAAAUAAUUUUUAUUUCUUUCCAUUUACUGGACUUCCAGCGACCGUCUGAAUCACAUUUCUAAGCACUUCUAUCAAGAGGUGCUAAAACACAUUUGUUAAUGUUUAUUGCUACUGAAAAUUGACAUUCUCAUCCAACCUUUUGAAUCCAGCAGAUGUCAGAUUAAGACACACAUAAAAACAUAAUGUUCAGGAUCAGAUUUUAAAAUUCAAAUCCAGGAUAUAUGGAUGGGCCUGCCAGACCAAACAAUCAGAUGGUGGAAAAGAAAGAGCUUUGUGGUACCUCAUUAGCUGGCAAGUUUUGACUGAACGACUUGUCUCAGGUGGCAAUAUGGGAAAAUGACAUGCAAGCCACCCAGGAACUUUGGGCUGCAUGUCAGCUAUUAAGAAAUAUAAAGCCUUCAGUUUCUGAAGUUUUUGGGAACUCUUAGUUUCCCAAGUAAGACUUGCUUUGUCUGAGUAGAUGAGAGUGUAUAGCUGAUGCCUCAGGGCAUGCCUCACUUCCUUUAUAUAGAAGGAAAAGAUGGGACUAUACAAAACUGGACUUGAAUUAUCAAGGAAUAGCAUUUGUCUGUUUGAAUUCCCAGUGGGUCAAGAACCAGUCUUUUUUGUCACGAAAGUUACAGUGCACUAUUAGUCUAGAACCAUUUCCUAUUUUAUUCUUGAAAAGCAGUUGUAGGAAUCUUUUGUAGGAUACAGUUCUCUUAUGAAUACAUAAAGGGCUUCUCAGAUUGUCUACACAUUGCUUUAAUGGAUGAAUGCCAGCAGCUUGAAGACCUCUGUCCAGGUGCUUAACAGUGUUAAUGGUAUGAGAAUGAAAAACUGUUGGACUUGUAUACCAGUGAAGCUGAUGUUGAGGAUAGACUGGGAACAUCCUAAAAGGCAAUCUUGACAUCAUUGUUGCAGCUUUUUCAGAUUCCUUAUUUAAAAAUCCAAACUGUAUAAUAGAUUUUCAUAAUCUAAUAUUUUAGAAUUUAAGACUGUUUUCCCCCCACAGAAAUUUAACUCAAAAUGUAAAAUAAAUGUGUACACAAAAAAGGAAAGACAGAAAGAAAGAAAGAAAGGAAGGAAGAAAGAAGAAGAAAGAAAGAAAAAAGAGGAAAGAAAGAAAAAGAAAGAGAGAAAGAAAAGAACUUAUAUGUGCUAAAUUGUGCAUUAUUUUCAUAAAGAAAGUUUUCCCAGAGCAAUAUGACUUGGGAAUCAUUUUAUCUGGAAUGAAUUGUAUGAUUCCUCCAAAACUUUUUUCCAAAACCAUUGUUUACGUGUAUUUAAAAAAACUCAACUUUCUAGAAUCUUGUAUUGUAAAGCCUUUUAUUGGGAUGCAAAAAAAAAGUCUUUUGUUGAAUGAAUAAUUUAAUCCCUAUGCUUAAAAAACAGUCAUUCUUGUCCUUAAAAA